AUGACCGCACGAAGGUCCGUCGUAUUGACUGUUCUGGUUGUAACGAGUGUUAUCAACGUAGUUAUGAUUUUACACUUAAUUAGGUUACACUCCACCAAAGGUUCUCCAGUGUCCACUUCAUCUGACGUUAAACAUGCCUCAAACCCCGGCCUUCAAGGAUCUCCCCAAGAUCUACGAGAUCAACAAUUUGCAACUCUACACAGGCUGAAACGCAAUCUAACACUUCAGCUGGAACUACAAAAGAAAAUAAUAGCAUUCCUGUCCCAAGAAAUUAUAAACAAUCAUAACUUUUCCUACAUACACAAUCCGAUAAAGACAUGCUCAUCAGAAAAAAUUACUGUUUUGUUUGUUAUACCUUCAGCUCCAACUAAUUUCGAGAAUCGGGACAAAGUCAGGAAAGGCAGUCGGGCAAGUUACAUACAUGACUCAAACAACCAAGCCAAACUUCUCUUCUUCCUUGGAAGAUCACAGUCUAACGCAACUGACGAAGACAUACAACAGAAAAUCAAUGAAGAAGUUAUAAAGUACAACGAUAUAGUCCAAGAUGGGUUUGAAGACUCCUACAGAAACAUGCGCCUGAAAGCUGUUUCCAUGUUAAAAUGGGCAUCGAAUUUCUGUGGACGGGCUAAGUACGUCAUCAGAACCGACGACGACGUGCAAGUUAACCCAGAAAAACUUGUAGCUGCGCUCGAUCGAAUGAGCAAUGAAUUUAGUGACUUUAUUUUAGGACAAGUUGUUUCUGGGUGGGAGCCUAUUCGGCGGAAAGAAAAUAAGUAUUUCUUAUCGCAGGAAGAAUAUCCCUAUUCGACGUUACCACCUUUCGUUCUUGGAGGAUUGUUGGGCUAUCCGAUGACGACUGUAAAACUUCUAUAUCAAGCUGCACUUAGAAUGAAACCCUUAUGGUUAGAUGAUGUGUUCAUUACAGCUAUUUGUGCUCAAAAAGUGCAGGUACCUCUACUGGCUGAUCCGGAUUUUGUUUUCAAGCAUUGGGCGUGGUAG